AAAAAUUCUAAAUAAUAACAAUAACAAUAAUAAUACUAAUAAUAAAUACAGAGAAUCUAAACUCCUCAAGUAAAAGAGCCCUUGGCGGUUGUUUGGUUCUGAAAACAAGGAUUUACAAAAACUCCAACUUUACGAAACAAGAACCGACCUUGAAGAACUUGCAACUCCCAUGUCGUUGAACAGCUUCAAAGAGACCCUCAAGUCCUGCACAAACCUAUCAUCAUCCUCCUCCUCCUCGACGCCCAUCUCAUCUUAUUCACAACCUUCAAUUUCCCAUCAAUUUGACCUCGCAACAAUCCCCAGAAAACCCCCUAAAUCUUCUCUCUCUCAGCAGCUUCUGCGCCUCCAAGACCCAUUAUCUUUGCCUCAACCCCAAUCACAAAGUCAGCCAAAACAGACCCAAUUUGACGACGAAGGUGAUGAUGAAGACGAAGAAGAUGGAAAACACAGUGGGUUCGGGAGGCCCAAAUUGGAUUCUUUCCAAUUUGAACAUACAGGUCCCUUUGAACCAUUGGUUCUGUCCUUGCCCGGUGAAAUGCCAGUGGUUCAGGUUCCUGCCUCCAUAAACUGUAGGCUUCUGGAACAUCAAAGAGCAGGAGUGAAAUUUCUGUACAACUUGCAUAAGAACAACCAUGGAGGCAUCCUUGGAGAUGACAUGGGACUGGGGAAGACAAUCCAAACAAUAGCUUUCCUGGCUGCUGUGUUUGGAAAAGAUGGAGAGUAUGGUGAUUCCAGAACAUCAAAAGGAGAACAGGGCAGGAAGAUGGGCCCUGCACUAGUAGUUUGCCCUACUUCUGUCAUUCACAACUGGGAAAGCGAAUUUUCUAAGUGGUCAACCUUCAGUGUCUCUAUUUAUCAUGGUGCAAACCGAGAUCUAAUUCUUGAGAAACUAGAAGCAUCUGGAGUUGAGAUACUUAUAACUAGUUUCGACACAUAUAGGAUUCAUGGUAGCAUUUUGUUAGAGGUUCAGUGGGAGAUUGUGAUCAUCGAUGAGGCACAUCGGCUUAAGAACGAAAAAUCAAAACUUUAUAAAGCAUGCUUAGAAAUUAAAACCCGAAAACGCUUUGGUCUCACAGGAACUAUAUUGCAGAACAAAAUUAUGGAACUGUUCAAUCUCUUUGACUGGGCUGUGCCUGGAUGUUUGGGAACGCGUGAACAUUUUCGGGACUAUUACGAUGAACCCCUCAAGCAUGGGCAGAGGUCAACUGCUUCGGAAAGAUUUGUCCAGGUCGCUGAUGAGCGUAAACAACAUCUAGUUGCAGUUCUGCGUAAGUAUCUAUUAAGAAGGACAAAAGAGGAGACUAUCGGGCAUCUUAUGAUGGGGAAGGAAGAUAAUGUCGUAUUUUGUGCCAUGAGUGACUUACAGAAGCGUGUUUAUAGGAGGAUGUUACAACUGCCCGAUAUCCAAUGCCUCAUAAAUAAAGACCUCCCUUGUAGCUGUGGAAGCCCACUUACACAAGUGGAAUGUUGCAAAAGGACUGUUCCUAACGGAAUCAUCUGGCCUUAUCUUCACAGGGAUAAUCCUGAUGGUUGUGAGUCAUGCCCCUUCUGCAUUGUUCUUCCUUGCCUUGUCAAACUCCAGCAGAUAAGCAAUCACCUGGAGCUGAUUAAGCCCAAUCCCAGGGAUGACCAAGAUAAACAAAGGAAAGAUGCAAAAUUUGCCUCUGCUAUAUUUGGUACUGAUAUAGAUUUGGUUGGAGGAAACACUCGGAAUGAGAGUUUUAUUGGCCUGAGUGAUGUUAAACAUUGUGGCAAAAUGAGAGCAUUGGAAAAAUUGAUGUUCACUUGGGUUACAAAGGGUGACAAAAUUCUACUCUUCAGUUAUUCUGUGAGGAUGUUGGACAUACUAGAAAAGUUUCUUAUACGCAAAGGCUACUGCUUCUCAAGACUUGAUGGUUCUACUCCUACAGGUAUGCGUCAGUCUCUUGUUGACGACUUCAACUCAAGUCCAAGCAAACAGGUGUUCCUUAUAUCAACUCGAGCUGGUGGGCUUGGACUGAAUCUUGUCAGUGCAAAUCGUGUGGUAAUAUUUGACCCAAAUUGGAAUCCUGCUCAAGACUUACAGGCUCAAGACAGGUCAUUUCGUUUUGGGCAGAAGCGGCAUGUUGUGGUUUUCCGCCUUCUUUCCGCUGGUUCUCUUGAGGAACUUGUGUAUUCUCGGCAGGUGUACAAACAACAAUUAUCAAAUAUUGCUGUUUCUGGGAAAAUCGAAAAACGAUAUUUUGAAGGUGUCCAGGACUGCAAACAAUUUCAAGGGGAGCUUUUUGGAAUCUCUAACCUAUUUCGGGAUCUGUCUGAUAAGCUUUUUACAAGUGAGAUCAUUGAAUUACAUGAAAAACAUGGACAAGAACACGGGCGCAUCUGCAGUAAGCAACAGGAUUUAACUGAGCUUGGGAUGUAUCUCGUCCCGUUAAAGGAAGCAAAUGAGGCCAUAUUAACAAGGUCUGAAACCAAUAAGCCUAAAGAUACAGAGAGGUCUAAGAUAACUAAACCAGUGCUCAAUGCCCUGGGUAUUGUAUAUGCUCAUCGUAACGAAGACGUUGUCAACUGUGGACCUGGAGUCCAAAGAGAGGAAAAAGUUAGCAUACACCAGAAUGAUAGCUUGAGGCAACCAGGUUUCGCUGCUGCGGGCAGAAGAAAAUUAGAUGCAGCAGGUGGGAAAGAGAAUGCUGCUUCUUCCAAAUUGCGGAAGAAGAGCCAAUAUAGCCUCCUUUCUCAGUUCAUGGGCAUGGAAGAGGUCGAAUUUAGCAAGUGGUUACUGUCUGCAACUCCUGCAGAACGAGAUAAAGUGCUUCGAGACUAUAAGAAAAGAAGGUAAAAGAAACCUGAUGGUUGAAGAGCGCGUCCUUGUAAAUAAAAGGAUUGUUUUACCAAAUGUACUGUAUUUGUACUGUACAUUAAUCUACGAAUACACUGAUCCCUCGGUUUUGUUAGCAUUACUUUGUUUAAGUUCGUACUGAUUUUAGGCAACUUAAAGCAUCUAAUUAUAGUGCGCGAUUAUUUGGCCCUACUUUUUGGAGGGUAUAUGGUCAACAUAAAACAUCAUGUUUUUUUCUUU